AUGAUAAUUGGAGUUGUAGAUACCGGAAUUAUGCCUGAUCAUCCAUCUUUUCACGACGAAGGAAUGCCCCCUCCUCCUGCUAGGUGGAAGGGGAAGUGUGAAUUCUACUCUCGGUCGUCUUGUAAUAACAAACUUAUUGGAGCAAGAUAUUUUCAUGAAUCGGGUAAUGGGACACCUCUCGAUGAAAAUGGUCAUGGUACACAUACUUCAAGCAUUGCUGCUGGAAAUUUCGUCAAUGGGGCGAAUGUAUUAGGUAUGGCUAAUGGUACAGCAUCUGGUAUGGCACCGUUGGCACACGUUGCUAUGUAUAAAGUCUGUUCCAGUAUUGGAUGUCCUGAGACUGAUGUAUUGGCUGCGAUAGAUGCUGCAAUCAAAGAUGGGGUUGAUGUACUAUCGAUUUCCAUAAGCUCAAAGUUUAAUCAAUUUUGGUCAGGUGUUAUUGCAGAAGGUGGAUUUACUGCUAUGCAAAAGGGGAUUCUUGUUAGCUGUUCAGCUGGCAAUACAGGUCCACUACCAGGCACUGUAAAUAAUCUAGAUCCAUGGCUUUUCACCGUUGGUGCAAGUACUACUGAUAGAAAACUAAGAGCCACGGUACGUCUUGGUGAUGGAAAAGAAAUUUAUGGGGAGUCAGGAUUCCAGCCCAAAGACUACUCCGAGACAAUGUUACCACUGGACGUUAGAAAUGUCAGUGAUGCAUUUUGCAGCGCAGAGUCAUUGGAGAAUAUAGAUGUUAAAGGAAAAAUUGUUUUGUGUGUAUCUGAUGGUAAUACUUCUAGAAUUGGUAAGGGACAUUAUGUGAAGAAUGCUGGUGGUGCUGGAAUGAUACUCGUGAACGAUGAAUUGCACGGGUUCACUGUCUCUGCCGAACCACAUGUUGUUCCAGCAGCACAUGUCAGCUAUACAGAUGGACUAAAGAUUAUAUCGUACAUGAAUUCAACAUCAAAUCCUCUCGCCACAUUUUUAUUCAGAGGAACCAUAUUUGAAGAUGAUUUUGCUCGAGAAGUUGCGAGCUUUUCAGGCAGAGGACCAAACAGGGCAAGUCCUGGAAUCUUGAAACCAGAUAUUGUUGCUCCAGGUGUUAAUAUUCUUGCUGCUUGGCCAACUAAGUCUACUUUGAACAUCGCUUCUGGCACGUCAAUGUCUUGCCCUCAUGUAUCUGGAAUUGCAACAUUAGUAAAAUGUACACACCCUGACUGGUCUCCAGCUGCUAUCAAAUCAGCAAUCAUGACGACUGCUGAUCUUGAUGAAAAGAGUGACUUGUUCGCCACUGGUGCAGGACAUGUUAAUCCGUCAAGAGCUAGUGAUCCAGGCUUAAUCUAUGACAUCAAACACGAGGAUUAUGUUCAGUAUUUAUGUGGUUUAAAAUACCCAAACAAAGCAGCUUAUAUGUCUAUAUUGAGAAAAGUGAAUUGCUUGUCAAAAAUUGCUGAAGCAGAACUAAAUUAUCCUUUGUUUUCAACUGGACUUGGAUAA